UGAGAGAGAAGAGCGAGAGAAGGAGAGAAUAGAAAGAAUAAGAGAGAAAAAGAGAGUGUGUGUGCGUGUCUGCAUUCGAAUUUGAUCUGACGAUAAAUCGAGUACGUGGAUAUUUUCUCCUGACAUUCCACAGAAGACCAACAAAGUGGUGUUGCUUGGACCAAAGUACAUCGUGUCAACUGAAACAAAAACGGAUGACGAUGAAAAAAAAAGCAUUCGUAAGUGAAUCUGGUCUCUCAAAGAAAUUAUUAGUUGAAGGAGCAUUUACCAACCAAGCACUACAGAAUCGCUUCAAGGUUCAACCACCACCAGAUGCUGGAGCAUUCAAACCAAGAAUCCUAAAAACAACUGCCUUCCGUCGAUUUUAUGAGAGGGGAGACUUCCCUAUAGCUCUAGAAUUUGAUACGAAAGGAAACAAGAUUGCAUGGAAGAUUGAAAUUGAAAAAAUGGAUUAUCAUCACUUUUUACCACUGUUCUUUGAAGGAUUACGAGAAAACCAGCACCCAUAUGAAUUCUUUGCUCGCCAGGGUAUACAUGACAUGUUAGAACAUGGAGGAAAUAAAAUUUUGCCUUGCAUUCCUCAACUUAUUAUUCCAAUUAAAGAGGCUCUGAAUACAAGAAGUUUGCCUAUAGUAUGUACAACGUUGAAGGUCCUGCAGCAUUUGGUUGUAUCAGCUGAAUUAGUUGGUGAAGCGCUUGUACCGUAUUAUAGACAGAUUCUACCAAUAUUCAACAUCUUCAAAAACAAGAACUUAAACAUCGGUGAUGAAAUAGAUUACAGCCAACAGAAACGAAUGAAUGUUGGAGACUUGAUUCAGGAAACUUUAGAGCUCUUUGAACGCCAUGGUGGAGAAGACGCUUUCAUCAACAUCAAGUACAUGAUACCAACAUAUGAAUCCUGUCUUAUGAACUAAUUCUUGUUUCAGUCUUUAACCUUGGUGGAUGGAGAGUUUUCUCAAAUCAGGAUUCAUAACAUAAUUUGCUCAUUUGGAUGAUAUAAAAGAUGUCUAAUUUUCCUGAUAUAUAUAUAUAUUCAUAUAUAUUCUUUAUCUCUUCAUUACUCAAUGCUCUGUGGAAUCUUCUACUACUACCACUAUUCUACUAUUACAAUUGUUAUGAUUAAUGAUUAUAUUAUUUACAAGAUUAUUUUAACAAAAAUUAAAGAUUUUAAACCUAGUUUCUUUUUUUUUUAUUUCUUUCCUUUGUAUUUUUCAUCUGUUUUUCCUUCAUUUAUUUUUCCGAUUAACUUUGCUUCGAACAAUUACAUCACGGAAGAAAACCAUUUUAACCAACAAGCGCAUACACCUCCCAUACACGUGCACACAUACAUAUACAUGAUGAGCUUCUUUCAGUUUCCAUCUUCCAAAUCCACUUACAAGAGCAAUUAGAAAAUACCCAAAGUGCUACACAGUGGGACUGAACCUGAAACUAUUUGGCUGGGACACAAGCUUCUUAACCACACAACCAAGCCCUACACUUACAUACCUCAAAAACUAAAUAAAAAAAGUAAAAGAAUGUCUAAAGCAACACAAAAAUACCAAAACUCCUAAAAUCCAAAAUGUAUUCUCCAAGAAGAAGACAUGAGAAUUAUUAUGAAAAUAAUUUAUUAUAUCAAUGAAAAUAAAGAUAUAUA